AUGCCCGACCCCCGCCCCGAACCCUCGGAUCUGAGUGCUGUCUUUGGCGGUAGCAAAACACCGAUCUCGAAAUGGGUACCAAUUGCUAUGGUGUCUUUCUCUGCCGCCGCAAUGGUGCUACCCAUCAUGCUUUUGCGACGCCAGCGAGCUGCAGCUAUCGCGCGGACACUGGCUGAAGCACCACCGCCCCGUCGCGCAGCCCAAGGCGCGCCGGCCUCGAAGACACGCACAGUCUCUUCCGCCCCCGCUCCUCGUUCCACGAUGCCACCGGUACUGCCGUCAGCAUCUACACCUAUAGUCGAGGAGGGAGCGAAUGGUGCUUUGCUAAGCGUUGGGGCCUUCGGUGUCGCGACGCUCGCCGUCGGGGUCGGCGCGACCGCGACCGUGUUUGGAGUGCGACACUACUUGGGCGUACAGACGGUGAAGGAGUUCGCGGAUAAGAUGCGGGAGGCGGUCACGACGCGUAUGCCGCUGCUGACGUCGCGCAUACAUCGAUCCCCGGAGGCUGAGGACGGCGAUGUGCUCCUGCCUUUCCCCGACUCGCACGACCCGUCUCAUGCGGACAAGGAGUGGACGUGGCCCGACGCGGAGAAACGGUUGAGGGAGGUGUUCGAUACCCACGGGUUCUACGGGUGGGCCGCGGCGGCGAUGCGAGAGCUCGAGGCGGAGGACCGGUUAGAACGGUCGAGGAUAGAGCGAUUGAAGAGCGGGCACGCGUAG